UUCCUCCUGUGUAGGAUGAAGACAACGACAGCAGCAGUCAAUAGACCCCCCCUGGCUCCUGAUGGGCCAAACGGUGCAAACCCCCACACUCAUGUUAACCAUAACGUGACAAAUGCUGCACAGCAGGAUCCAGGACUACACAGCCAGGAUCCAGGAUCUUCAGCCUAUCCUCAGCACCCCAUCUUUGCUAGGCCUGUCUUUUACGUUAACGGUCCACCUCUACCCCCGUUCCUCCACUACCAGUGGCCCACGCCCUUAUCUUACAAUCCCUUUGCAGGCUUCCUAGGCAUGGGCUAUGGUAUGGUCAUGCCCCCAUUCCCUCCUCCCCCAUUCCCUCCUCCCCCCUACCUGGAGUCUCCAGUUUACCUUGUACCGCACCCUCAGGUACAACCAGUACGCCUGCUCCACCCUCAGGCCCACGGUCCAGGUGCACCACUUCAGAAUUUAAACCAGACCCGCAGAACUCACCUGGCUCAUACUACAUCUGUAAGAGAAACUGUGAACUCGGAGGUCCAAACAGAACCCCCACACAGAGGUGUGGGUGGCUACGAUGAGGGAUGCCCACUUGUCAGCUCAGAUUCUUGGUGUGCAACUGCCUCAACCUCGCCAUCAUCUUUGAGUUCUAGUUCCCAAAAACAAGGCUCAGCUGAGGUUGAGACCUAUACGGUGGUCAGUACUGAUGCAAAAGAACAGGCUAAUAGGCCUGGCACAAACACCGUCAAACAUGGCGCUAACAUGAUCCAUCCUGUGGGAAUGAAUGAUGUGCAGUUAGCUGGAAAGGCAACUCAAAAAAUGCAGACAUGUCAGGAUAAUAUUGUUCAGGAGCCCAAUAUGUGGUUAGUGAGUUCUCAGGAUGGCAUGGUUCCUGUGUGUAGCUCUUCUCAAAGGGAGGAUGAAGUCAAAGAGAGACGCAUCUCUCUUCCUGAUAUUCUGAGCUGGGGAGGUGGCACACCUCAGACAACAAUGAAAAUGGCAGCCAAAGUGCUCCCUCAGAAUAAUGAGCUUCCAUGUUAUGAAACUGAACAGACGUUAAAUGCUCUACUUCAGAGUCCUGCUGAGACAAAGAAUGAUCCAGUAGUGCUUAGCAGUGCUGAUGUCAACACUGAAGUUAUCUCAAGUCCUAAUGAUGGAGAAAUGGUCUCAAAGGUCCUCAGAUGUCCUCCUGCUUUAGAACCCAUUUCACUGCCCACAAGAGAUGAGUCUGUGGAACUUACUGUUAGCCCUUACUUAACUAACGGAGAUGAAAUGCUGCAGUCGCUAAAUGCACCCCACAAUGAGACGGAGAAUGGCAGUGAGACGUAUGAUGACACCACAGAGAUCACACCUAACCAUGUGUCUUUAAGCAGAUGUCAGAGAGAGAUGAACCUGUCAUUUUGGUCUGUGGAGUCUCUCGCCCCUUAUAUUCCAACUAAGGAGUGGCUACAGCAGAAUGGCAUAUUUGAACCUGAAGUAAUUGUAGAGAUGGAGAAAACUGAAAAUGGACAGUCAUCAGGAAAUGAUAGCCCCAGUGUUAAAUUUAAUAAAGAAAGGAAGCGAUCUUGCAGAUUUUCCUCUUCUGACUCUGUUCCAGUGUCAGAAAACUGCCUUAUUUUUAGUACCCCAGCAAAGAGACGAAGUCCUCCAAAAAACCCAGACUUGGAGUGUGAACCUGAAGUCUGUGAACUAAAAGGAACUGAAAAAGGCCAAAGCAUGGUUCCUUCAGAGAAGGAUCCUUCCUUCACUCCCCUGCAGGGUACAAUCUUAACUGCCUGCACUGACAAAGACAUGGAUGAAAAUGGGUCUUCUGAACCAGAGGCUAACCAAAGCCCAAACCAGGAUACUCUUAUGAUAAAUGAGCAUGAGGAGAAAAGCCCUUGCUCUCGUGACAGAGAGGAAACCUGUCUCAUGUACUCUGCAGCAGAGGACAAAAUCUCUUCCACUUGCCAAAUGACUCUCCAAAAUAGCCUCCACAUGGAGGUGGAGGACGACAUCUCUAAAGUAGAAGGUGAGAUGAAAAAUGUGGAACUGUGUGUUCCAACAGCUGACCAGAAAAUGGCCCACACGUUGCCAUCAAAGGGAAAUUUAGUCGACUGCGCCAUCCAGUGCACCGAGUUACAGCAAAUCAAGUGUUUCUGUGAGGAGUUGAAGGGCAGCGUGGGACCAAACAGAAGACAUUCUUAUAAAUUUCCAGAUAUGAAGACGGUAAAUGAUGGCAAGGCUAAAGUGUUCUGCAUGCAGAAACAUUCGAAGAGGAAUGGUCAGCGGAGGAACCGAGGUCAAGAAAAACACAACAGCCAGGAGGAAGCCUGCAAUGGAAACAGUGGAAAACCUGGGAAGUUGAAAGGUGGGAGUGGAAGGAUCCUGCAGUACUGACCAAUGACCACAUUCUACAAGACACUUGGAUUUUAAUCUCUAUUGAAAUUA